GCGACAGAACGCGCCUUCGAGUCUCCUCGGGCCCACAAGGUUUGCUUCAGCUGCUUGCCAUAACUAUCAACGUUCCUGUCUCCACCCACCGAUCCGCACAUGUCUUCAUCUACCUUGCAACCCCAGCAUGCUGCGUCCGACGUCGCCGCGGACUCGGACGCCAUCACUGGCAGUGACCCGCUAGCACCGCAGUUCGACUCCACGGACUGCCCGAGAUGCCACGCACCCAACAGCAACGAAUAUCACCCUGAGAAUACUGACGAGCGCAGUGCGGGGGACAUAUGGGUCAUUGAAGAGACCCCAACCACCGUCGUACGUCGUGCAACACGUCCUGGUCGCUCUCUGCACCGCGGUCCCCGCAAACAUGAAGGCGGUGGCCGGCCUGCCGUCAUCCUCAAGGCGCGCGCGCGCAGGCCUCCCAAUGGCGCACAGAGAAUCCGGAGCACGGCGAUGUGCAGUAUAUGUCUCCUGGCGACCUUCGGUCACGAGGGAGACAUCGCCAAACUCUCUCGAAUCCUCCAGUUCUUCUGUCUCCCCGUCUAUCCACACCAUGUCCUCUCUGAAUGCUCGCGACACCCCCCGCACGUACACACGAGCCCAGAGUGGUGCGAACACAACGCAUGGCUCAUCGCGUUCGCCUUUGACUCAAGCGCGGCGAUCAGCGGUCGAUGGAAGAAUCGUGGCACGCAGUCUCGUUCGCCCUCUCAGUCUUCAUACCGGCUGGAUGAUGAGGCGCUCGGCGCACUGUUAGACGUUUGUGAGCAGAAGCGAGCGGAAUGGGACGCGCUUAUGGGUCAAGACCCCGGACUUGCCCAGAAGUGGUUUCAGGAGUAUCAGGAGGAUAACGCGAGGAUCGGAAGGGAACGAAGUGCAUCGCGGGCCAGUAGCACAUCCGCCUCCGGUCUGCGCAGAGGUGCAGUGCGAGACGACAACACGUCGACAAUCCCGGAAGUCCCGCCCGUACCUGCGCUCCCCGAAGGCCCCGCACCCUCUGCCUCUGCCUCUGUUUCUGCCUCUGCGGGGGACCCUGCACCCCACUCUCCCGCCAGCUCCACCUCGGAGGGUCCCGUCACGCUCGAGCCCGCACAUGGGCUACCGAAUGCGAUCCCCAGGCUGGACCCGGGUCCGUCUAUGGAGGACGUAGGGACUAUCGCCGGGCUUGGAAACUCGGCGCAGCCCGCCGGUAUCGCGCCGGUGUCCGCGGCGUAGAUGGAUGGGCGCGGACGGAUGUACUACCAUGGAAGGUGUGGGCUCGCAAUUUUGGAGAACGGCCGCCGGCGUGCAUCGUUCGAACCAAUUUUUCGGGGGUGGAUGGCAUGCGCAGCGCGCUAUGCCUCGGGCGAUGUUGCGAAAGACCCAUGUUGCGGGUGAUUGGUGGAUUGUUAUGUACAAUUAUUAUUUGUAUCGCACUUCUUACGCUCGACGAUACAGUCGGGCGAAGCGACGGCGGACGGCGGACGAAGGCAGACGGCUUGCGAUGACAUGCGUCUAGGUACAUGCGAAAGUCGAUGGGAGAUGAUGUGCAAAUGUGAUAUACAUGAGAUAGCGAAUAGCAUGCAUGUGGAUAGCGAAAACGACAGCAGGCGCACGAAAGCCAUAUCGUGGCU